GUGGCGGGGGAGGGAUGUGGAUGAGGAGCGGGCUCUCUUUCUUUCUCACAGGGCUCAGUUAAUCCUGCUGUCAGGCAGUGUUAAGCAGCAGUCUCAGCGCUGGAUUCCGAGAGAAGGAGACGCGCAAUCCAGAAGGCGCAGCAGAGGGGAGGCGAGAGAGGCAGCUAAAGAGAGCAGAGCGGGGGAAAAAUCAAAUCUAUGCUCGGAACUGGGCUUCUUUUUCGCCAAUGCAAAAGGGAAUAUGCAGCACAUUUUUGCCUUCUUCUGCACCAGUUUCCUAGGGGCAGUGUUAGGGGCCAAUUUCCCCAACAAUAUCCAGAUAGGGGGGUUAUUUCCUAAUCAGCAGUCCCAGGAACAUGCGGCUUUUAGGUUUGCGCUCUCUCAGCUCACGGAACCCCCUAAGCUCCUUCCCCAGAUCGACAUUGUGAACAUUAGCGACAGCUUUGAAAUGACAUACACCUUCUGCUCACAGUUCUCCAAGGGCGUCUAUGCCAUCUUUGGUUUUUAUGAGAGGAGGACUGUCAACAUGCUCACGUCUUUCUGCGGGGCUCUCCACGUCUGCUUCAUAACGCCCAGCUUCCCUGUCGAAACGUCCAACCAGUUUGUUCUCCAGCUUCGCCCAGAGCUCCAGGAUGCCCUCAUCAGUGUCAUCGAACACUACAGCUGGCAGAAGUUUGUGUACAUUUACGAUGCUGACCGGGGAUUGUCAGUCCUACAGAAAGUGCUGGACACUGCAGCUGAGAAGAACUGGCAGGUGACAGCUGUCAACAUCCUGACGACAACAGAAGAGGGCUACCGCAUGCUCUUCCAGGAGCUGGAGAAGAAGAAGGAAAGGCUGGUGGUGGUGGACUGUGAAUCUGAGCGGCUGAACAUCAUCCUCAGCAAGAUCAUCAAGCUUGAAAAAAAUGGGAAUGGAUACCACUACAUCCUGGCAAAUCUGGGAUUUAUGGAUAUCGAUCUGACAAAAUUCAAGGAGAGUGGAGCCAAUGUAACUGGAUUCCAGUUGGUGAAUUACACGGAUGCUGUUCCUGCCAGGAUCAUGCAGCAGUGGAGGAAUAAUGAUGCCAGGGAGCAUCCUCGUGUGGACUGGAAGAGACCAAAGUACACAUCGGCCCUUACGUAUGAUGGGGUCCGGGUGAUGGCCGAGGCGUUUCAGAACCUGCGGAGGCAGCGGAUCGACAUCUCCCGUCGUGGCAAUGCUGGGGACUGCCUUGCCAACCCUGCCGUGCCCUGGGGACAGGGCAUCGACAUCCAGAGAGCGCUGCAGCAGGUCCGUUUCGAAGGACUGUCUGGCAACGUUCAGUUUAAUGAGAAGGGACGCAGGACCAACUACACCCUCCAUGUCAUUGAGAUGAAACACGAUGGGAUCAGAAAGAUUGGCUAUUGGAAUGAAGAUGAAAAGUUAGUUCCAGCAGCCAUAGAUACUCAAACCGGCAAUGAGUCCACGAGUCUCCAGAACAGGACAUACAUAGUGACAACUAUCCUAGAAGACCCAUAUGUGAUGCUCAAGAAGAAUGCCAACCAGUUUGAAGGCAAUGAGAGGUAUGAAGGCUACUGUGUGGAGCUUGCUGCUGAGAUUGCAAAGCAUGUUGGCUACCACUACAGGCUGGAGAUUGUCAGAGAUGGGAAGUACGGAGCCCGGGACCCUGACACCAAAACAUGGAAUGGCAUGGUGGGAGAACUUGUUUAUGGGAGAGCUGAUGUGGCUGUGGCACCACUAACCAUCACUCUGGUUCGAGAAGAAGUUAUAGACUUUUCCAAACCAUUUAUGAGUUUAGGUAUCUCUAUCAUGAUAAAAAAACCUCAGAAGUCCAAACCAGGAGUGUUUUCCUUUCUGGAUCCUUUGGCUUACGAAAUAUGGAUGUGCAUUGUUUUUGCCUACAUUGGAGUUAGUGUUGUCCUCUUCCUGGUGAGCCGCUUCAGCCCGUAUGAGUGGCACACAGAGGAAUUUGAGGAAGGACGGGACCAGCCAGCCAAUGAUCAGACGAAUGAGUUUGGGAUAUUCAACAGUCUCUGGUUCUCCCUGGGAGCUUUCAUGCAGCAAGGAUGUGAUAUUUCUCCAAGGUCUCUCUCCGGCCGCAUAGUCGGUGGUGUCUGGUGGUUCUUCACCUUGAUCAUCAUAUCCUCCUACACAGCUAACCUGGCUGCCUUCCUCACGGUGGAAAGGAUGGUUUCUCCCAUCGAGAGUGCCGAGGACUUGGCCAAGCAGACGGAAAUCGCCUAUGGGACCCUGGAAGCUGGUUCCACUAAAGAGUUUUUUAGGCGAUCCAAAAUAGCAGUGUUUGAGAAGAUGUGGACAUACAUGAAGUCAGCCGAGCCUUCUGUUUUUGUGAGGACGACAGAAGAGGGGAUGAUCCGGGUGAGGAAGUCAAAAGGGAAGUAUGCCUACCUCUUGGAGUCCACCAUGAACGAGUACAUCGAGCAGCGGAAGCCCUGUGACACCAUGAAGGUGGGAGGUAACUUGGACUCCAAAGGCUAUGGCAUUGCAACGCCGAAGGGGUCUGCACUGAGAGGUCCCGUAAACCUAGCGGUUUUGAAACUCAGUGAGCAAGGCGUCUUAGACAAGCUGAAAAGCAAAUGGUGGUACGAUAAAGGGGAAUGUGGAAGCAAGGACUCCGGAAGUAAGGACAAGACGAGCGCUCUGAGUCUCAGCAAUGUGGCGGGGGUUUUCUAUAUCCUCAUCGGUGGGCUCGGACUAGCCAUGCUGGUUGCCUUAAUCGAGUUUUGUUACAAGUCCAGAAGUGAAUCAAAGCGGAUGAAGGGUUUUUGUUUAAUCCCACAGCAAUCAAUCAACGAAGCCAUACGGACAUCAACCCUUCCCAGGCCGGCUGCAGCAGGAGGCAGUGGAGAAAACGGACGUGUGGUCAGCCACGAUUUCCCCAAAUCCAUGCAGACGAUCCCGUGCAUGAGCCACAGCACCGGCAUGUCCCUGGGAGCUACGGGAUUAUAAUUGGCCUUGUGACCCAUUGCCUGGGUGAGAGCAGGGGCAGCCCAACUCCACCCCCUCCAGAGCCAAAACCAAACCCAACACCAACAAGACAAAUGAUGAUGACAGAAGGGACAAUUGGAUGGAUCUCCUCAAGGAAAUCAACACUAUUUCCCUUUUUCUUUUGCAAACAGAUCCACCGGCAGGAGAACAGAAACAGGUCUGUACUGCAAUAAGGAGAGCGUAAUGGGAUUUAACAGACUCGUGAACCGUCCCUGAUCAAAGAACCACUGGAACACUAAUGAGGACUAUGCCAUUUUGUUUUAACUUGGUUGUUAAUAAGUCUUAGUGUGUGCAAUAUAUAUAUUUUUUCUUACUAAUUCCUGUGGUGUCAGGGUAACAUCAGCCCUUUCCCCUUUCCCUGCUCAGCCCUUUAAUCUGGUUUAGUUCGGGAUGCAAACUAUAACGUCUGAGCUACUAACAGUAAAAACAAAAUCCAACAAAUGGCAAGUCGAACUCCCUGCAGGGCAUCAGCACUGACCCCUUUUCUCCAUCAUGAUUCUGCCUUCCGUUGUUCUGUUGUGAACUCAGGGUGUGGAGUUAAUGCAACAAGGCAGACAGGGCUGCGAAUGGCUCUCCCUGCAACAGGAAGGACUUGACACAAGAAGAACCUGAACAAAAACAUAAGGCUGUUUUACAAGGGCAAAGUCAUGAGUGAGUUUGGAAACCCCAGGUAAUCUGACGACAAAGAGAUAAUUCUUCCAGAGAUUAUGAGUGGCGGUUCAAGAGAAGGAUCGUGUGCCUGGAGAGGAGAGCACCAUGCGUGGCAUACUAGAGCAGAUGGUCGGUCUAAGAGCAUGGUAGGCUGCUGUUUAUGGAAGAGAAAAGGUAAAUGCAGUAUUCCCCUCACAUGCCACUCUCCUGCCUAGGUUACUGGGGGCUGAUAAGCAAUUGUGAACCAUUUCUUCAUUGCUUAGCUUCUGUGUGUGCUCCCUCUUUGGUGGUCAUGUAAGGGAACCACCCUGAACCGGGAAUAGACCAUCACAAGACAUCCAGUUCUAGAUGGCUGCCUAUUAACCAGUAAAACAUGCUAGCAGUCACAGGGCUGCAAUGGGACUACCCCAGACUUUUUGCUCUGAAAUCCCUUUAUGGCCAUUUUUCUAAUUACAAGGGACAUUUUUUAGCUAGUCGGCCAGAAUAGCUUCCUGGAAGAAACAGCUGAAGCAAACCAAGGAGGAGACCCUACAAGAGCUUCAUACAAGCAUCCAUGACAUUGGAUAGUGUCGGGGCUGGCCAGACUCAGGCUUCCUGUCAAGCUGUGGCCUGUACUCUGGGUACAAAGCCAAAAGUAGCAGAUUCCCGCUGGUGUAUCCUUAGGGAGGAGAAAGCAUCCACAAGCCAGGAGAGCAGGCUGCUGACACCAAAUUCAGAACUGCAGAAAAGAACUGCUGGGCAGAGAGAUGGGAGUCCAGCUACAGGCACGGAGGUCAAAGGGGCAAGGAUGGUUUGCCAGAACUGCACAAAAGACUCAUUCUGUGAAUCAUUGGCAUGGACAGAAAAAUGCUUCCCACCCUGGUGGGCCUGAGACACCUCCCCAGAAGUGAACGAUCCCCAGGGGAGCAUCUAGAGAGAGAAGAUCUGCAGGGCAGGGACCAUGGGGAACCCACUCGGCCUUGUCCCAUCUCACAAGUCCAUCACUGAUGGCAAAUAAAGUUCAAAACUUCUCACAGGACUCAUCAAGUAUCUGUCCGAGGACUGAACUGCUAGUGGAGCAUUUGGAACUUAAUCACUCUCUCUCUUUCUUUUUUCUUUCUUUUUUUUUUUCCUGCAACGUAGCAAGUGAGGAGCAGGAAAAGAAGGGAUGCGAGUGAAGACAAAGUGAUGCAGGUAAAUGACUGGCACAGGUCUACAAGGAGGACCUGUCUAUACAGCUGUCCAUAAAUAGAGCUGGAAGCUGCCUGAAUGCCAGUUUCCAUUAGUGUACUGUGCAGAGCAAUAUGUUUACCACCUUUAACACCAGCCUGGUCCAAAGCAUCUGUUCCAUUUACCUGCUUGUCCUGCAACACUUUGGAGACCAGUGAGACAAAGAAUCAAGGUCUGAAGCUCAGGCACAGCAUGUCUUGUGCCAAUGUGCUUUCCUCUCUCCACUACUGCAAGCCCUUGUGAUCUCCAUCUCUAAUCGCCCAACAUGAGUUCUGUCGUCAGCUGCUCCAAACACCUUUUCAGGUCACUUUGUGUUGGUUAUCGAUAUUUUUAAUCCACUUUUCUUUCCUUAUUUUUAACUUCAGUCCUGUGUAAGUUGUAAGUGCUAGUGCAGUGGGAACAUCCCUCAAGCUAGCCCUUUUCCAUGCCCAGAGCCCUCGGAUGCAUCUCUUGCCCCGGCUCUUGCAGCAUCCCGGACCUUGCCACAGUACCACUGGGUGCUGCACCCUGUCCUCCUCCAGACACGGCCACCGUGGUGGCAGGGCAUGGGGAGCCCAGCCGGGCAGGCAGACGUCGAAGUGCCCAUGCUAGGACUGGCCGUCUGUGACGUGAAGAUGUGAGAUGGAGUCCUCAAAGGCUUUUCAUCGGUGGUGGGGUUAAAAAAAAAAAAAAAAAAAAAAAAAAAAAAAGGAAUAGGACAAAAGCGUGGAAAAAUGUUAACUUGUAAUAUGUAUUUUUACUACACUUUUCUUAAAAAUAGAGUAACGGUAAAACUCUUAAAGACAUUGACAUUUUUUCUCAACAGGAAUCCAUAUUUAACAGUUUUGGCUUUCAUUAAAUUUUGCUCUUUGGUACCUGGAUCUUUUAUUUAACAGCUAUAUUUGUUUUAACUCUCUUUUUUCUUUUCUUUUCCUUUCUUUCUUUCUUUUUUCUUUUCCUUUUGGCAAUACUGCAAAGGAUUUUGCUUUAUCAAACUCAACAGUGUUUUUAUUUUCACAUUCUCUUUUUUCAAGCAGCAUUUUUACUGGUAAUUAUUAUUUACAUAAAAAUGAAACUAUCAGCUGGAAUUUUAGCAACAAGGAUCCAUGAUGCAUUUUUCAUACCUGUCCAUGCCAUUUUGUGCCAGUGCUGGAUGUGUGGAAGUGAAAAUGAUGUUAUCCCUCAGGCAAUAUUACCCAACCUGAAUCAAACGAGAUUUCCUUGAUUAUUGCUGUGUCUGACUUGUGAACAGCAGCCAAAUAAACUGCUUCAGGUUGAAAUUGGGAAUCUAUCUAAUAUUUACCCAAGAGUCAAGAAACUAGAUAUUCAUUGGGUUCAAAGUUAAAGAUUUUGCUUCUCAUUCUUGGUUACUUUUUGAGGAGGGCUAUUCGAGGAUUUUAGCUUGUUUUUUUCGCAGAGAGAAGAUGUAGUCAGCUCAGAGAUUAUUCAGAACCAGCACUGGUCCAAAAAAUCCACACCAGGAUUGGCUUUCCUAGGAGCUGUCAUGCUGCUUCAGAGGCUCAGUGGUUUAAGAUAUUUCUCACUCAAUUUUCACACAAUUAGCCUGCUAAAUUCAUCUUUCAAGAGUCUGUUGAAGUGGGGGAAAAAAAAAAAAAAAAAAAAAAAAGAGUGGGAUUUAAAGGACCAUGGACAUUUAUGUAGUUGCUGACAGCUACGAAGACUAGCUAUAAUCAUGUCAUGCUCUGAUGUAGCCUUUGCUGCCACAGAUGUGGAAGACUUCCCUUCCCCGUGGCAUCAUUCCCAUUUAUUGGCUGGGGAAGCUGAGACACCAAAGUGCCUUUAGUCAGGAGUCUCAGCUCACCCCUCAGGGCUGUGGUUAUAGACUCGAGGUCUCCAACAUUCACAAGGGGGUUUUGCCUACUGGUAAGUUUGAAAGGUAGGAUCAGCAAGGGGCAGAAUUAAUGCUUUUUGAAAUGGGCUGUGAACCCUCAGACUUCAAAGCACAAGAGACUCCAAAUCAAUGGGGCCUGAGGGAGAGGUUUCCCAUGGGCAGACUAUGCCACAUCAGCCUAUCCUGGUCUUCCAUGCCUGCUUGGACAUCCAGUACUGUAUUGUGGGUGUGCACCUUGUCUCAAAAUGCUCUUCUUGCUCACUCAGUGCUUCACUCGUGGUUCCCAGUGAGGUUGCAAACACGCACAAGAAAUUUUCCAUUAUAUCUCAACAAAAGCAGGACAAAAUUCCCUCCUAAUGGCAAAAUCAAAUAUCCCUUAUGAGAAAGUUUCCAGCAAGAAUAAAACCAUCUUCAGCUGUUGUUGAAGCAAAAAAUGCUGAAUACUGAAGUGCAGCAGGUGAGGAAAAACAGAUGCAUCACCUAGGGAUAGACGUCCCUUUGCUAUGGGAUGAGAAACCCAGCACCAGGGCACAGAGCUGGGAUGCUCCAAAAAGAUUUGGCUGGUCUUGUUUGCUCAUGUGCCUACCUGCCAGAAAAUGCAGCAAAAAAUGUUAUUGCCCAAACUCAGUGAAGGGACAGGAUAGGGGCACACGCAACAAUUGCUGUAACCCAGUGGGUACCUUUAACCUGUUUGGCUCCAACAACUCAGCCACAACUCUUCAAAAGAUUUUGGGGAUGUGGGGAGGUUUUCACUGUGAACACAGGCUCAUAAUCAUUUUUUUAAGGGCAUGGACAGUCACCCAAGUCUCACAUAUGGCUCUGGAUCCCCAGGAGAACAAUUCGGUGCAUGUUACUAACAGAAAAUUAAUUAACAGAAACACAGGGCCAUCACCAUGCCAUACACAGCAGCCCACCAGCCUGCAGCAGGUCAGGGCUUUGGGGAAAAAGCCACAUGCAAACCCCAGCACAGAAGAUGCUAGACAGUGCCAGCCCAAACUGCUUGGCUCCAUGGAAACUGCUGGUCACAUUGCUCCAGAGUCUUUACCAAGGUAACACCACUCCCAGCUUUCUUCUUACAUGCAGCCACUCUCUUCUUCUCCAGAUCUUCUUGUCCUGAGUGUAGAAGAGGGAUGAAUUUAGUGUGCUAGGCCUGGAAAAAGUUCUAGGCAUGAAGGGCUGACCUGUGGAAUAUCUUGAGACUGAUGUCUCCAGCAGUAUCUCAGCCACUCUGGGAUUCUCCCCUCGGCCCUGACCUGCAGCGUCACGUCCUGUUCCCUUUCUGCCCAUUCCCAUCUCUCCUUCCUUGGUCCAUCAAUCUCACCUCUAGCACUGCCAGCUACUCCACUCCAGGGCCUGGUGUAGGCUCUGGGUACGUACCUGGUGGUUGUCUGAUCGCAGACAACUCUGUAUCACCAUAUGGCUUCAUACAGCACAUGAACUCACCUUCAUUUGGGAUGGGAACAGAGACAAGACUCCAGCUCUUCUGAUCACCCUCAGAACAGAUCCCGCAGCCCAACACACCGCUCAGCAGCAAGGUGCUGACAGUCACAGCACACUGCAGGGUCCCAGCUGCACCCAGAGCCAAGGGAAAGGGGUGUCAGAAGAACAGCUGUAACAUGCAAAUACCACCUGUUGCUUCGUGUCCUAAUGCUGGGGUCUGCAUCCUCAGAAACAAAAAUCUGCUUGUAAAGAAAGAGAAAACUAGGAGAAAAUACAAUAGUGUUUACCAGCAUGGACAGGAUGGUUUUACAGAUGUCACAAAGGGGUGGUGACUCCCUUUUGCUGCAGGAACACAUCUUCCAGGUCAGGUAAAGAGGACCAGAAGGACGCGGGCAGUGCACGGUGGGGACAAGCUGCUCUGUGGCAGCUUACAGAAUGCAGUGUGGUGCCACCAGCCCCAUCCUGUGCAGAAAGCCAGGGAUCUCAGUAGAGGAAAUGGGGUGUUACAUGGACCCACUGUCUUGCAAACCACUGGGUCACCUGGUUGUGCCCAGGCACCUGGGCUGUGCUCCCUUUUGCUGGUGCACACUUUCCCGAGGAGGCAUCACUGCCUGGCUGUCCCAAGGUGCACCUCGGGGAUGGAGAGACGUUGGGCAUCAUCGCCACGGGCUGGUACCCAAGUGAGCUCACAGCCGUGUGCAAGGGGAGACCUAUCUCCAGAGCAAUGAAACGCAGCAAUCCUCACCACAGAGAAGUUUAAUUUCCCAAUGUUUGCAUAUCUCUUUCUCAUGCACUACUUACAGAGUAGACACGCACACACGUGCAUACAUAGAUACUAAGAGAAGCUUUUGAUGGCCCAAAUUAGCUGUCAAGGUACUUUUUCAUUCCUAAGGAUCAAUAUUGUAUAAUGUAACAGCCACAAAGUACGUUCAUUACUCUGCAGGGCUGGUUUAACAUGCUCUCUGGAUCCCUUUGGCAGUAUUUCCUCCUCUGUUUGAGCUGGCAUCAGAAUUAAUGGCAUGUCGUGUUCUAUAAGUCCUGACUUUUUAGAUGAAAGGUACAUGGUGUUGUUCGCAUCAGUAUUACAGUGUAAUAAAUCAAUGCUUUCCUGUUGGAAGGAUUUCAGACAAUUUCACAACUUGCUCCCAGGAACUCAAAAGACAACCUACCUGCCAGGUCAUGGGCUAAAGAGGAAAAAAAAAAAAAAAAAAAUACAUUCUUGUUACUUGCUUUGUGUAGGACUCUGGAGCCAAGGUAGCAACCCCAAAGCUCCAUCAGGCCCCACUGCACAAGGUGGUGUGCAGCUCAAGGCAACAAAUCCCCUGCACCAAGGAGGUUACAGGCAAAGCUGGAAGAGGCUGCGGGAGCAGAGACUGAUCUCUCUUUACCAAACAAGAGCAGAGGCAAAAGCAGGGGCCUAGAGCUUCCAAUUUUCAGAAAAACAGCAGGAAAGGGGAACAGAUGCAAAGACAGAGCAUAUAUACUGGGACAGAGCACCUAGAGGUGCCACGGUUAUCCUCCCAGCUUCUGUGGCAGCUGCAGCCCAGAGUGCUGUGCACUUUCCUAACAUUUUUAUGAGUAAAACUUAAAUUCCCCUGAUCCCAGGAGCACAUGUGCAAGAUGGGAAGAGGCUGAGCUUGAAAGGGGAGCCGUUUUGCUGCCUCAGAUUAGCUCAAACUGUGUGACAAGCUUUCCCCUCUUCAAAACCAAUGUUGUUAACCUUGAAAUCUGCAUUAUUAAUAUUUCAACAUGAGUUCCAUCAGGAGCUGCUGAAAGAUCUGUCCUGGACUCGUGACAGCUCGUCCUGUUUGAUUCUAAUCAUAUAUGAAUGCAUGAGUUAAGAAGACAUCAUUAAAAGUACAUUAAGUUUAAUUAUGCUAGCAGCCGCAGACAGUGGGAGCAUCGGCUUAAUGCAGAAUGCAUAAUUAGAUCAGGCCCAAUUCAUUAGAUUCAUAUUUGUUAAAGAAAAUGCUCCUGAUCUGGAAGAGUCUCUAUGAAGGGACCCACAGCAUUUGGGGGAACGCCUUUGGGCUGGGGGGCUACUCCCAGCCGCACUCUCCCUGCAAGGUGCCCUCGUGCAGCUCCCCGCACACUGUGGUUUCACAAGAACAGGGGCAAAGCCAGGCCUGGGGAAAGGCCUCGCUCGGUGGCCAGGCCCAGGGAGCUGCCACCAUGUUUGUGGCACUGCCAGGGGCUGGCAGGGCCUGGGCAGGCCGCAGGCAGAGGAGCCCCCGGGUGGGUGCACGGCGUCACGUCCCCGUCAGACCAGUGCAAACAGGGAUGGAAAUGGGUGUUCCCAGUGUGGCCUUUUGUGGAUUCCAGCCACUGCUGGCUGCAGGGCGGGUUGGGACGACUUGCCAAACAAACAAAAAAGGCAAACAAACAAGCAAAAAGAAGCCAACAAACAAAAGACAAAAAGAAAACGAAAUAACAAAAAAAAAAAAAAAAAAAAAAAAAAAAAAAAGAGUUUCAGAUCCUUCCAGAGCCCAUCCAACUAACAGAGGAGGGGCACCAUGAAGGCAGGGCCCCAGGGCCAUGGCCUGUCCCCUCUCUGUCCCCUCUCAGCAGCCUUACAGCUGUAAGCUUCUCCUCCAAACCCACACCCGCACCCCCGGCUCAUCCCUCUCGGGUUGCUGUGGCUCGGUGCUCCUCAGCUGUGCUGCAGGGACCUUAUAGCCACCUAGAGCAUCAUCACAGCAGCAGAUCCCAGCCCAGAUCCCACAGAAGUGCUGCUGCCUUGUUGGGACAUUUCCCAGCUCCUGGGGCAUCCCAGGGGUGAUGUGGGAGCCACUGUGGUCCAGGAGGGAUCCUGAGAGCCCUGUGCCCACUGGCUGUCAUCAUGGCAGGAGCUGCUUGUGCUUAACAGCUCAAUUGAGCCCUCUAACACCUGCUUAAGUCCUGAGUAUUAUUGCUAUUAAAUUAUAUCAGCCUCUUGCUGCCUUGCCUCUGUGGAGCCCGGUAAGGGCUGUGACUGGGAAGCCGCAGCACUGAGGCACAGCCCCACAGGCAGGGCAGACGGGCAGGAGUGAAACCUCUCUGGAGAAACCUUUAGCAGCUUAGGGCCAGCUGCAAAUGGACUGCAAUUACUGGAUAUAAAAUAACCGAGAUUUCCAGGAAGUUUUCUGAAUAAAGCAUUCACUAACUUAGGCUGGGGGAGACCUUUUUAUUUUUUGUUAGACAGACAAGAAAUCCCUACCAGUCAGCUCAUUUUACCCAUAUUUUAUUUUCAUUCUUGCCACCUCCAUCCCCUCACCGCCCUGCUCAUGCAGCCAAGGGUGACACCAGCACUGGCACAGGGAUGGGUGAAGCUGUGCCAUGGGACAGGACGGGGUCAGCAGCCUGGGGUCCCCCUGCUGCCUCCCGCUUUGCAGGGCGGUGGGACACCAGCACCAUCCUGCACACCAGGUUUCGCAGUGGGGUCUGGAGGACCCCAUGGUUUUUAGUUGCCAGAGGUAGUUUAUGAGUUCUCUGUUUUUCAGGGGUUUUAAUUGACAACAAAUGGUCAUAAGCACUCUAAUUUCAAUCCAAUAAACAUGGGGAAAGACC